AUGAAGUGGAAUGAGGACAUUUCGCUGAAGGAGCUUCCCAAGUCUCCCUCCACCGAGAGCACGGCCAUCUCGCUGUCCGACCUGGAGAAGGACAUCCUCGACAAGCAACUGCGAGCCCUACCUUCCACCCCGGGCUUCUUCGGCAUCUAUCGCUAUGCCACCGGCUGGGACAUUGCCAUCAUCAUCGUCAGCUCUCUCGCCUCCAUCGCAGGCGGGGCAGCCCUGCCGUUAUUCACUGUCCUCUUCGGCAACCUCACCUCGACCUUCCAGGACAUCGUCGUCGGCACCAUCACGUACGAGCACUUCCACAGCGAGCUCAACCGCUACGUGGUCUACUUCAUCUACCUGGCCAUCGCCGAGUUCCUGACCAUCUACAUCGCCACCGCCGGCUUCAUCUACACGGGCGACCACGUCGUGCAGCGCAUCCGCAUCGAGUACCUGCGCGCCAUCCUGCGCCAGAACAUCGCCUUCUUCGACAACCUCGGGGCCGGCGAGAUCACGACGCGCAUCACCGCCGACACCAACCUGAUCCAGGAUGGCAUCUCCGAGAAGGUGGGCCUGGCGCUGACGGGGCUGUCGACCUUCGUGACGGCCUUCCUCAUCGCGUACAUCAAGUACUGGAAGCUGGCGCUGAUCUGCAGCGCCACGCUGAUCGCCCUGCUGGUCAUCAUGGGCGGCGGGUCCAUGGUGACGACCGUCCACAGCAAGCGAGCGCUGGAGUGCCAGGGGCAGAGCGGCAGCUUCGCCGAGGACAUCCUCGACUCGGUGCGCACGGUGGUGGCCUUCGACGCGCAGGAGGUGCUGGCGAGGAAGUACGACGGGCACCUGCAGGCGUCCGAGGGGCCGGCGCGCAGGGCCCAGAUCACCUUCGCCAUCAUGGUGGGCGCGAUGCUGUCGUGCAUCCAUCUGAACUACAGCCUGGGCUUCUGGCGGGGGAGCAUCUUCCUGGUGCACGGCGACGACGGCGUGCAGGCGGGCGACAUCCUGACCAUCCUGAUGGCCAUCAUGCUGGGCUCCUACCACCUGGGCAACGUCGCCCCCAACUCGCAGGCCAUCUCCACCGCCGUGGCCGCGGCGUCGAAGCUGUACGGCACCAUCGACCGGCCGUCGCCGUUGGAUGCCUCGUCCGAGCUGGGCCUGACCCUCCAGCAGGUCAAGGGCAACAUCGUGCUGCAGAACAUCCGCCACGUCUAUCCCUCGCGGCCCGAGGUCAUCGUCACCAACGACCUCAGCGUCUACAUCCCCGCCGGCAAGACCACGGCCUUCGUGGGCCCCUCGGGGUCGGGCAAGAGCACCGUCAUCGGCCUGAUCGAGCGCUUCUACAACCCCGUGGCCGGCCGCAUCACCCUCGACGGCCACGACCUGCAGCACCUGAACCUGCGCUGGCUGCGCCAGCAGGUGGCCCUGGUGUCGCAGGAGCCCCGGCUGUUCGCCGCCACCAUCUACGAGAACAUCCGGUUCGGCCUCAUCGGGUCGGGCUACGAGCACGAGCCCGAGGCGCGCAUGACCCAGCGCAUCCACGACGCCGCGCGCAUGGCCAACGCCCACGACUUCAUCAUGGCGCUGCCGGCCCGCUACGAGACCAACAUCGGCUCGUGCUCGCUGUCGGGGGGGCAGAAGCAGCGCAUCGCCAUCGCGCGGGCCGUCGUGAAGGACCCCCGGCUGCUGCUGCUCGACGAGGCCACCUCGGCCCUGGACGCCAAAUCCGAGGAGAUCGUGCAGGCGGCCCUCGACAAGGCCUCCCAGGGCCGCACCACCAUCGUCAUCGCGCACCGUCUCGCCACCAUCCAGGAGGCCCACAACAUCGUCGUCCUCGUCAAUGGACACAUCGUCGAGCAGGGGCCCCACGGGGAGCUGAUGGGCCGGCAAGGCGUCUACCGCGACAUGGUCGAGGCGCAGCAGAUCAAGCAGCGCGACGCCGCCAAACGCCACGAGUCCAUGACCUUCCUCUUCGACGACGACCACCUCCCCCCCACCGAAGACCUCCUGGACGACGACGCCUCGGACAUCGGCCUGAAGAGCGGCGCCAGGCGCCGCCACCGCAUGACGCGCAUGUCGCUCUUCCUGCCCCAGCUGCCCUCCAAGAAGAAGCAGACCUUCUCCCUCUGGGCCCUCUUCGCCUUCCUCGCCUCCUUCAACCGGCCCGAAUGGCCCAUCAUGAUCCUGGGCCUCGCCGCCUCCAUCGUGGCCGGCGGCAUCCAGCCCUCGCAGGCCGUGCUGUUCGCCAAAGCCGUCAACACCCUCAGCCUGCCCCCGACCGAGUACCCCCGACUGCGCCACGAGGCCACCUUCUGGUCGCUCAUGUUCCUGAUGAUGGGCUGCGUGACGCUCUGCGUCUACAGCUUCCAGGGCACCCUCUUCGCCUACAGCUCCGAGCGGAUGAUCUUCCGGGCCCGCAGCCAGGCCUUCCGCGCCAUGCUCCAGCAGGACAUCUCCUUCUUCGACAGGGAGGAAAACACCACCGGCGCCCUGACGUCGACGCUCUCGGCGGAGACGAAGCAACUGGCCGGCAUCAGCGGCGUCACGCUCGGCACCAUCCUGAUCGUGACGGUCAACCUGGCCGCCUCGCUGGUCGUGGCGCUGGUCAUGGGCUGGAAGCUGGCGCUGGUCUGCAUGUCCGCCGUGCCCGUGCUCCUGAUGUGCGGCUUCAUCCGGGUCUGGAUGCUGGACAAGAUCCAGCGGCGCGCCAAAUCGGCGUACCAGAGAUCGGCCAGCUCAGCCUGCGAGGCGGCCUCGGCCAUCCGCACCGUCGCCUCCCUCACGAUGGAACGCGAGGUCAUCGCCUCCUACGAGUCGCAACUGACCCGGCAGCUCCGCGGCGACAUCCUCCCCAUCCUCAAAUCCUCCGCCCUGUACGCCUCCUCCCAAGCGCUCCCCUUCCUCUGCAUGGCCCUCGGCUUCUGGUACGGCGGCAGCCUGCUCGGCAGGCACGAAUACACCGUCUUCCAGUUCUACGUCUGCUUCAGCGAGGUGAUCUUCGGCUCCCAGGCCGCGGGCACCAUCUUCUCCCACGCGCCCGACAUGGGCAAGGCGAAGAACGCCGCCGUCGAGUUCAAGAAGCUCUUCGCCAGCCGCUCCCUGCACGCCUACCGCGACGGCGGCGUGCACGUCUCCUCCAUGCAGGGCGAGGUCGAGUUCCGCGACGUCUCCUUCCGCUAUCCGACGCGUCUCGAGCAGCCCGUCCUCCGCCAUCUCAACAUCACCGUCAAGCCCGGGCAGUACGUGGCGCUGGUCGGGUCCAGCGGCAGCGGGAAGAGCACCACCAUCGCGCUGCUGGAGCGGUUCUACGAUCCCCAGGUCGGGGAGGUCUACGUCGACGGACGCAACAUCACCACCCUGGAGAAGAAGUCCUAUCGCAGUCAUCUGGCGCUGGUCAGCCAGGAACCCUCCCUUUUCCAUGGGACCAUCCGCGAGAAUAUCCUGUUGGGCUGUACGGAGAGGGAGAAUGUUCCCGAGAGUGUUCUGGUGCAGGCUUGCAAGGAUGCUAAUAUUUAUGAUUUUAUCAUGUCGUUGCCACAAGGCUUCCACACCCUCGUCGGCAACAAAGGCGGCAUGCUCUCGGGCGGCCAGAAACAGCGCAUCGCCAUCGCGCGCGCCCUCAUCCGCAACCCGCGCAUCCUGCUCCUCGACGAGGCCACCUCUGCCCUGGACUCGGAGUCCGAGAAGGUCGUCCAGGCCGCGCUGGACAAGGCCGCCAAGGGGCGCACGACCAUCGCCGUCGCCCAUCGCCUGAGUACCAUCCAGCGCGCCGAUAUGAUCUAUUUCCUCGAGCAGGGGGAGGUCGUCGAGGCGGGCUCACAUAAAGAGUUGUUGCGGAAGAGGGGGCGGUAUUAUGAGAUGGUGAAUUUGCAGAAUUUGAAGUGAUUUUUCUUUUUCUGUUGCGGAAGUAUAUAUAUAUAUAUAUAUGUGUGUAUAGAUAGAUAGAUACAGGGUUUGAGUAAAGGGGUGUGGGCGUGGAAUGUCAUCUAGUG